AUGUGUUCUACAGAAGUUUUAUCAACAUAUAUUAAAAAAUUAGACCAUCCUAUGAGAGAAAUACGAGAAAGGUCUCUUCAACUUCUAACAGCAAAGUUAACACUGGGAUGGCAAAUGGAAGAUGAACUUGCUUGUACACGUAAACUUUUACAGACCUUACUGUCCUGGUUUCAAGUCCAGAAGCCAACGCUGCAACAUGAAGCACUCAGUUUGCUUUUAAGGACUAUCAAAACUAAAAGUGGAACAUAUAUUGCCAAGGAGUUGGGUAUUAAAAAUAUUCUGUCUACUUUAAAAGAGAUAAAAGUUAAAGUGGAGCCUGAAGCAAUGGAAACAUUCAAUGAUGUCGUCGAUACCUUGCGUUUCUUGAAUACAGUGGAGUCGGAAAAUGAUUUGAUGGUACCACCACUUUCAAUAGCAUCCAGCACAAGCUCUGAAAACAAAUCAACAUCUAAUAGCAUACACUCUUAUGGCAACUCGGAUCAAUGUUAUGGUUCAUUAGAAGAUAUAUUAUGUAGCUUAACAUGUGAUGUGGCGGUUGACCAUGAGAUAUUGCCACAUGCAUCGGAUGGUAUUAUGGUACUACUGUUUCCUUGGGUUGACCUUUGCCCAUCAGAUAUAAAGACAAUAGUUCUGGUAGAAGAUGCAUUAAAAAUAGUUAAAUCAACAAGAAGAUGCUGUAGGUUCAUUCGUGAAGUAUUUAUAUCUGAUUACCCACCCGAGACGUUACUAAAUAGACCUACAAUAAUAAAUACAUUAGUUAUGAUAGCAGAUGGACAGCAACCUGGUCACUCAGAAGAAGCUUUAAAUGUUUUGCUAUGUAUUACACGUACUUUAAUUCAAAGACGUGCCCAAUUAUUCUCAAUAGAUUUGGUGCACGAAGCAAAUAAGGUUUCAAUAGAGUUAAGGGAAUCACAGGAUCAGGUGAACGCUGAAUUGGAACAAAUCACGGGAGGAAACACAAACUUAGUUCCCACAGAGGAUGCUUUAAUAACAUUGCGGCAGAUACCAGCACCAGUAUUUGCUUUAAAUAUAUCACAUUCAAUCUUGUCAAUAAUGUCUAAAAGCAUAAUGUUACUAGAUUCCAAUGAAAAUGAAAUACUCAGUAUGAAAGAAUUAAAUACUUGUAUAAGUCUGCUCGAAGCACUUAUACGGUUAUUGUUGGAUUGUGUUACUGAAAAAUUUUGGAUUGUAGAACAUAGUACUAAAACUCAUAAAGAUGUAGCACAUAAAAGCUGUAUGACAAUGCGAAUGUUGGGCGAUCUUAUGAUCAGAUAUAAGAAAUCCUUUACAGACAAUAUAGAAAGAGUACAUCAUAGAAUAGCUUGGCUCAGAUUGACAUCAUGCGCCGAAAAGCUUUUGAAUUGGGCUAAAAAAUCUCCCCUACCUCCUGCUUCCUUGAUUGAAGCUCUUCAAGUAGCGCAGUUAGACCCAGCGCUGGAGUUACUAUAUCCUGAGUUGAGCAAGAAAAUUAACGAUUCUCUUUUGGCCUCAAAAACAUUACUGGACCCAGAACACAAAAAUAAGUAUAAAGUACUUAAGAAAUUGUUCAUUAGUAUGGAUUAUGCGGUUCAAUUUAUGAAAAAUAAAAAAAUCUACAAAGAUUCCAAAGAAAUUUUCACAGAAAUUAAGAACUCUCUUCCUAUUCUCGGGUUGCACCAUAAUGAAGCUUUUUUAAAAGACAUUACGAACAUAUUGUUGUAUAAAAGCAAGGAUAUGAAUUUCGAUGAAAGUGAUUGGUCAAUGGUGAGAAGCAUUGUAUUGAGAAUAAUGGCGCAUAAUAAGGAAUGGGUGAAAGUUAAGUUUUAUCAGAUGUUGGCAGAGAUGGUAAAGUCUAUUUUGUUUGGUGAAGAAGCUUAUCAAACUGAACACGAGCAAUGCUUGAUAUUGAUCUGUGAUGUUGGUAUUUUGACCGAAAUUUGCUGUCACGGACUGUCUUCGGAUCUUAAUGAGGUGAAUGCAAGCGCAUCAGAGAUCAUGCUAUAUCUAAUACGAGGGAGGCUAGUGCUUAGUGAGAGCUGUUGGUGGCGUCUUCUAGCCAGUUUGUUACCAAUUCUGCCUUUGCUUCAUGUUUACGCAGCACAUGACACGCAAUUGGGAAAAGCCAUCUGCAAAUCCUUGGAGCCUGAUAUAGUGGAAUGUAUGGGUGUGUCAGUCGCCGAAAUGGUCGCGGGCUUAACGCGGCUUCUGUUUGUGAAGUGCGCUGCUGUACAAUUGGAAGCGGCGCAUACUCUCUGUCGUCUCCUAGACGAUAACCGGUACUUGCCCCCGAGGGAAUCUCUUCGUCCUGAUUUGUUGUUGAAUACAUUGAGACGGCUGGAACCCCAGGACUUUAAUAUAGAUUCUUCAUCGUCUGUAGUAAGAAGCUCACAGACUGCAGGCUUAAUCCAGAUUGUUGAAGUAUUAAAACAAGACUUAAUAUUAGAAGAAGACGGUAAAUCAUACGUCGCUCAAACGUCUCAGCCGACGCUGGAGCCGUCAUUGCGACGCAGCACGCUUCAGCAGCUAUCUGUAGUGUUACGGCAACAAGAUUCACAUGAGACUUUUCUACAACACGAUGGAUUGAAUCUUACCGUUUCCUUACUCAGAUUAUCACUAAUGAUAGAUGAUUAUUUGGCGUUUCCUGAAUGCGCCAUUAGUUGUGUUUCCAUAUUGAAUAGCCUGAGUUUCGCAAGUCGACAUAAUUUAGCUAAAAUAACGGACUUGCCUUUAAUUUUACUUCGGGUGAUCCUCGUGUUCCCUUCCAAUGACGCCACUGUGUUGAUGUCAGCUCAGAUCUUGGCACUUAUUGCAUGGUCUGGUUUUAUCCUGCAAGAGAUUACCUCGGCAAGAGAGAAGGUACCAGCGUUGCCGUUGUGCGUUACUGAUCGAACUUCGCUUCCUUUUGCGGUAAACAGCUAUUGGAGUUCUAGUCCGAAUACCGAACAUUGUCCUUUGGAAUGGCUUCUGUGUGACGAUGAAUGGCGCCGAGCGAUUCGUGUGCACUGGUGGUUUAGUUGGGCUGGAGGCGUGCGCAGUUUCCGCACCGUGCCGACUGACCUCCCCGCGCCCUCGCCUACCGCUCAUGACUUGGAACUGAUGCGCACCGCUUGUGUCGUCUACUCCAGCGCUAAAUGCUUGCUGGCGCUCGAGAAUGCUACGUCACACUCUCAAGUUAUAGACGCGCUAGUUUUAUUGGAAAGCUACACGUGUCUGGUGCCGGCGACGUGCGCGAGCCUGAAGGAGUACAGCGGCGUGGCGUGGCAGCGCGUGCGCCGCUUCCUGUGCUCGCCGCCCGCCUCCAGCCGCGACGCUGCGCUGCUCAUCGCCUUGCUGCAGUUCAUCAUCGCCUACAUGGACAAUGUACCUCUUAACCGUAAUACAAUGAGUUGGAUUGAACCGUAUUUCAUCGGUAAUGACGUUACUGUUAUUUCUCUGUUGAGCCGCGAACGUCUUUAUCCGAAUCAAACGCCGCGGGAGGAUAUUGAAGUAACGCAGUUACACAUACAUAUCGUGAAGAUUAUAUGGCGUUGUAUAAGGCUUUUAGAAUAUUACGAAGAUUAUGACGUCAGACGAAUGGAGAGCUUAUUGAAAAUAUUGCUUUCUUGUUUGGAAAAGAUUGAUUUGAAGAAUUUUCAUAUGCUAGGAUAUCUUAACGAGCUGACGCGUUGCAUAAGAUACGCGCUAUAUUCACGCUACUGUAAACUGUCGGAGGAGACUCUGUUUGAGGGAUUGAAGGUGUUGACGCGAACUCUCUGCGGCUGCGGAAUGGGCAGCGGUCGAAAAGGGCAGGCCUGCAAAUUGGAUGCCAUGGUAGCUCUGUUGGCCUUGCUAAGGAAAAUUUACACUGAAGACAUUCCUGUUCAGAGGUGGAGCGAGGCGUGGAGCGGCGAUGUGAUGCAGGCCGUGGUGGCGUGCGGCGGAGCCGACCGGCCCGAAGUACGCGCUGCUGUCAUGCACUUGAUGGCUGCGCUGGCGCACUACAUGCUGUUGAGGCCGCAGCUUGUUCAAUAUGUUCCGAAUGAAUCUCUAUGUAAUUAUGCAAUGGAUAUCUUCUUGAAAUCCGGCGAGGCGAAUGUUGUUCGAGCAUCUGCGGCCGCGCUCUUAGCCGCGAUUGCUGCCCACCGUUCACCACAUUCUGAUUUGCCGCAAAAAAGGGCUCUGGAAUUCAACAAGAAAUUUGAACGAACUAGUGAGUAG